UUCCACCUCCCCUCCCGUUCAGCUCCAGAUCUGAGCUCUAUCAAAAUUAGGGUUUCGAUCCUCGAUUUCGUGAUCAUCGAUCUCUGAUUUUCCCCAAAUUCUCAGCUCCAAAUCCCAAUUCUUUUCAACUUUAUGGUGAUUCUGAUGCCAGAUUAAGUGAAUCUCUUCUUGAUUCUGAUUCUUUUCACUGAAGGCUGUUUUCUCCUGGUGGAGGAGAAUAUCUUCCGGGAGAAUCCAUCAAUGGAGGCUCAGGGGAUAAUGGAAUUCCCUCACAGUAGUAUGGAUAAGCGCCCGAGGAAGCGGCCUCGCUUGACUUGGGACAUGCCGCCUCCUCUUCCCCCUCCUCCUAAGGUCCUCCCAGGGAUGUAUUGUGGGCAGGAGUUUGGGAACGGUUUGAUCUCCAAUUAUGCAUAUUCUUCUGGUUUCUACAGGGGAAUGCCUCGGAAUGCAUCUCCACCUUGGAGGCCCGAUGAUAAAGACGGUCACUAUGCUUUUGCCAUUGGAGACGCUUUAACUCCUCGAUACAGAAUUCUCAGCAAAAUGGGUGAAGGGACCUUUGGGCAAGUUUUAGAAUGUUUUGACAAUGAAAAGAAAGAAGUAGUGGCAAUCAAAAUUGUAAGGUCAAUACACAAAUAUCGUGAAGCGGCUAUGAUUGAAAUUGACGUCUUGCAACGGCUAGCCAGGCAUGAUGUUGGGGGCACUCGUUGUGUGCAAAUUCGGAAUUGGUUUGACUAUCGUAAUCAUAUUUGUAUUGUAUUUGAGAAGCUUGGACCAAGCUUAUACGAUUUUCUGCGCAAAAACAGCUAUCGAUCUUUUCCCAUUGAUCUUGUUCGGGAGCUUGGCAGACAACUUUUGGAGUCUGUAGCAUUCAUGCAUGAUCUACGCCUAAUUCAUACUGAUCUGAAGCCAGAAAACAUUCUUCUUGUAUCCCCGGAUUGUGUGAAAGUGCCAGACUAUAAGUUUUUAUCACGGUCUGUGAAAGAUGGUUCUUACUUCAAGACUCUGCCCAAGUCAAGUGCUAUAAAGCUCAUCGAUUUUGGGAGCACCACAUUUGAACAUCAGGAUCAUAGUUAUGUGGUCUCAACACGGCAUUACCGUGCGCCAGAAGUUAUCUUGGGUCUUGGAUGGAACUAUCCCUGUGAUAUCUGGAGCAUAGGUUGCAUACUUGUUGAGCUAUGCUCGGGUGAGGCCCUUUUCCAGACACAUGAGAAUUUGGAGCAUCUUGCAAUGAUGGAGAGGGUAUUGGGACCUUUGCCGCAGCAUAUGGUGUUAAGAGCCGACCGCCAUGCAGAGAAAUACUUUAAGAGAGGUGCAAGGUUGGAUUGGCCUGAGGGUGCAGCCUCAAGAGAAAGUCUGAGAGCAGUUUGGAAGCUGCCUCGUCUUCCGAAUUUGGUUAUGCAGCAUGUGGAUCACUCUGCCGGUGAUCUAAUUGAUCUCCUGCAAGGCCUUCUCCGGUACGAGCCCUCCGAGCGGCUCAAAGCUCGGGAAGCACUUCGGCAUCCCUUCUUUACAAGACAAUACCGAAGGUGUGGCCUCCAAAUGUAAUUAAUUCAUUCAGAAAAUUGAAAAAAAAAAAAAAGGGUGGGAAGAUAAGAGGAUCAACUUCAUUUCCACGAGAUGAGGAGCGAUAUUGUCUCGUCAAGGCGGAAAUAGCGAAGGUUAUAUCACACAAUUUCCUUUGUGAGGAUGGCCUUGAUAAUUGUAAGCUCAUUAUAAUUUGUUCGCGAUGCUGUCCUCUUCGCGACUUGGUAAAGGAUUCUUGUCGUGUGUACUUAAAAAUGUGCGGGUGUGUAGAUAGUGCCUAUGCCUGUGGUAAUCUACCGAAAGAGCAGACUUCACCUUUUGGUUUUCAUUUGGGUGGAAAAUAGAAAAUUAAAUUCCUAUGUGCAUAUUGUUUCUGCUAGUUAUUUUUUUUUCCC